AUAAAUUAUAAAAAUGGAUUUAUUUUUUGAUGAUCCAGCAGGUCCUAUUGAGACUUACAUAAUCCCUGAAGUUGCAGCUCAACCUUUAAUGUUUAAUGAUGCAGGUAUGGUAUUUUUGAAAUUAUUAAUAAAGCUAGAUAACAAUUUGAUAUGCCAAUUCUACUUAAUGCAGCAGUUAAUCUAGUGGUAUAUGUGCCAAAUUAAUCUUUACAUUAUAGAGUGCUGAAUAAUAAAUAAGAAGAGAUAAAUUAAAAGAGAUUGAGGAAGAAAGAAUUAAACUUAUAAGGGAAAGAGAUUAGGAAGAAAGAAUUUAAAAAUAGUAAAGAAAAGAGAGAGCUUAAUAAUAUUUAUUGCAGUUUUAAACGUAAUUUUUUAUAUUCUAUAUAAAGACAAUUGAAAAAUGAGAUCGAAGAAAGAAAAACUGCAAAUAAACAAACUUAAGAAUUAAAGUCUCAAAAUAAAAAUGAAUAUGUAUUAUUUAUUCAUGCUACUUAAGAAAAACUCUUGGGAUAAGGUAGCCUCUAAUAUUGAAUUGAAAGAUGGAUAAUAUCCUGGAGGAAAAGAUGUUACAAAAAUGAGAUAAGCCAUACUUAACAAGAGAAAAGACUUGACUAAGUGA